GGCUGCUGGACAGCUGUUGAGAUCCGAAGCCCCCACAUCAACAGUGCAGUUGCUCUGAGCUGAAUAGCAUGUUGUUUUUCAGGAGAGUGAUAGGAAAGAUAGUAUCGGUUCAACCAUGUGAUGCAGAUGUUGAUUGAUAAAAACGUGAACACACUAGAAGACAAGAAACAAAGAUUGUCCAGCUGUAUAUGAUUCUUCCCCCAGAGAUAAACUCGCUGAAUGCUCGAUUUAUCUCCUCAUAAUUACAAGUUUCUUCUUAUUUAACAUGUUGCAACAAUGUGAAAAUAUUAGAACAUGAAAGAAAUGAAGAAGAAAGACAUCUCAUGGCAACAAUAAGAGUUGGUUAUCAUGAGCAGACUUUUUGUAGAGACAGCUUUACUGCUGGGGUCUCCAGCCCGUCUCCUGAUUUUGGACAUUAGCCGGGCUUUUUUGGACACAAUGCACAUAUUGACUCUGCCAAAGCAACACUUAAAUUGAAGGUCAGGCUAGUUUGUGUUGCUAAAGGUCAAACCUUGGGUUUGGACCUGUGCUUUUGUCCUCUUGUAAUACCCUGUGCUUCCUCCGUGCGUGACCUAAAAGGGGCAUUGAAGUUGAUUUAUAAAGUUUUUCAAGGUAAAGACGGAAGGAUUGUUCAGUUAGGGGCAGGAAAACAGAUUUCUGUCUGUGCUGGUAUUAUGGCUAAGAUGUCCACAUGACUUAGAAAUCUGCAGACAUGAGAACCAAGGUUGAUUUUUCAGCGAGAUUAUUCUUCCAAGAUGUUGGUGUACUUUAUAACCUCUUCCACUUACUGUAGAGUUAAGUCACUGCUCUUGGUUACAGCAGUUGUUUAUAAGUUUAAAUUUGUCCUUGUUGUAAUAUUAGUUUAACCUAAACCUAGAUUAAGAAACGACGCGUGUUGACAUUUCGGAUGCAUUGAACAUAAACACAGCUGCCGUGUACACAAGCCUAUAUUCUCAGAUGGAGGCGUAGGUUUUUCUUUCGUUCUAAUCCUUGUCCUGUUUGGGCUGCACACAGACUAACUCUGCCCGUCUGCGUGUAUGUCUCUGUUAUGUAGCAGGGGAUAUUAACAACCUCAAAUGCGAGACGUCCUCACAUGUCUGUGUUUAUUUUAAUGCCUUUUAAGUGGAGCCUGUGGAUGCACGGGCUCUCAGAGGUCCUCGCAGGCUGCUGCUGUAGCAAGCAAGCAGGCUUAGUAACACAGCAUGACUGGGUAUAAUGUGACAGGAUCAUGAUUGUCCUCCUCUCACUCUUGCUUUUGGGUGAUGAGUUUAUAUACACAUACCGAAAAACUAGAAUGGCAUUAGAGCGCAAAUAUCCGACAAGGCAGAAUAGUCACAUUAAAUUUAAUCAAACUGCAUCGAAUUGCACAUUCUCAUGGAUAUCAGUCUCCUAAAUAUGCCUGAUUUGCCCUUUUAGUAUCCAUGAAUUAUUUCCUGGGAAAUCAAUGAAAAUGUCAAAACAUGUUAAAGAAAGUAAUAAUAAUAAAAAGAUCCUGGAUCCGCCCCCUGAUUUGUAUAAGCACCAACAAGUUCUUCCCUAACCCAUACUGCAUCCUUCCACCAAGUUUCUGGAAAUUUCAUUGUGUAGUUAUCACGUAAUCUUUCUUACAAACAGUCGAGCAACAAACAAACAGACAGGGGUGAAAAGAAAAAGGACCCACCAGAUAGACAGAGCUUCUCUAGCUUACAUUAUAGAGGGCAAUCAAUUUGAAUCUAAAAUUAUGUUUGAUAACAGGAUAAAAUUGUAUAAAUGAGAGGUAAUGUCCCAUGGAUCCACUUUAUAUGCCAUUGUGUGGACAGGAUCAGGUCAGUCAAAAGACAGGAAAUGGCCUCUGCAGUCGUGUAAGCUGAGUCAAAGCAGAUAAGGCUAUAUUCAGACUCAUUGAUUAUUACCGCCUUCCGUGAGGAGGAACAUUCCAAGCAUUAUCAGAUCAAUAAUGACAUAAAUCAGCCGGGGAGCGAGUAGGUAACCAGAGGCCAGAUAUCAGGGAGGGAGGGCUUGGCUCAUUUCCUGAGCAGUGAUCCCAGAAGGAGGAGGAGGACAGGAAGGAAGGAGGGGUUUGUCACUUGUACCUAACAAAGCUUGUUAGACCCAGGAAAUAGAGAAAAUAAACGAGCAAUUAGGCAAAUAAAUGAGGAGAGAUAAAACCUCCAAACAAUCGUAGAGACUGGAAAUGGACCUUGGCCUGAGAUAACAACGCCCACAGCAUGGCCCCCGGCCAGAUGCUGAGGGAGGUAGCUGCAAACGUGAUGGUGAGGCAUUAAAUGGGGAACGACAGAGCAAGCGGUGCAGUAGAUUUACAGAUGUUUUUGAUGUUUAUGGUUUAACUAUGCAAGGCUGUGACCCCUUGAACCUUCUGCCUCCCUCUGACCGGCGUGAGCUGUCUGGCUGGGAAUCAGGCCGGCGUCGCUCUGUCACGUUUAUUUUCAGUCGCCCGCUCGGCUCGCCGGCUGGAGUGAUAAAAGAGAGACGAGCUGUCCACAGUGGCGCGGUAUGCAUCAGUGUGUGUGUGUGUGUGUGUGUGUAAGCGUUCUUGCGUGCUGCUAGGGAGGGAAAGUGGGAGAACGCUGGAGGACGGAUAUUCGUGGCACUUCUUCCAUUCCACCCCCUCCUGCGUGACUCCCCCCAACUGCACACCGUGUCAGAGGCGUCUGAAGAGAUGAAGAGCCUGAUCAUUGACAAGAAUAAGAUGGGCCUGGAGGAAGAGCCUGAGCUGCUGGUCAAAGGGUGGCUGUUGCGGGAGGUGCGAGGAAACUGGAUCAAGCAGCGUCGGUACUGGUUUGUGCUGAGCCAGGACUCACUCGACUACUACACCGGCCCAGAGAAAGGAGCGCGCAGACUGGGCACGCUGGUCCUCACCAGCCUCUGCUCCGUCAUCUGGCCCGACAAGCAGACCUACAAGGAAACAGGCUACUGGAGCAUCACAGUAUAUGGGCGGAAGCACUGCUACAGGCUAUACACCAAGCAUUUCAAUGAGGCUGUGCACUGGGCAUGUGCCGUCCAGAAAAUCAUUGAUACCAAAGCACCGGUGGAAACGCCAACACAGCUCCUGAUCCGAGACAUCGAGGAGAAUAAGUUCAACCCCGAGGUUGUGGAGCACAUCUACCAGCACAACCCCAUCCUGAAGUACACCCAGGGCCCCCUGUACGCCCCUCUGCUUCCUUUCCCCUAUGGCAGCCUGGAGCACACAUACCACAGUGGGAAAGGUUACGGCUCGGUGCGUGAGGAGGCCGUGAAGCUCUUCAACUGCCUGCAGCAGCUGGAGUCGGCACGGGAGCCGGUCCCCAUUAUCCAGGGCGUGCUGCAGACCUGCCUGGACCUGCGGACACUCCGGGACGAGGUCUACUGCCAGCUAGUGAAGCAAACGAGCUACACGCCUGCCCCGUACACUGCCGCACACCUCCGCUACUGGCAGCUCCUCACCUGCAUGAGCUGCACCUUCCUGCCCGGGCCCACGGUGCUCAAGUAUCUGCGGUUCCACCUCAAGAGGAUUCAGAGCCAAAGUCCUGAGUCUGAGAUGGAUAAUUACGCGUCAUUCAUCAGCGAGGCUCUGGAGAAGACCAAGUGUCGGGAGUGUGUGCCAUCCUGGGAGGAGAUCCAAAUGCUGAUGAGCAGACAGGAGAUGCUGUGCACUGUGCACUAUCCUGGCCCGGGAUGCUGCCAGCUCUACAUCAGCUCACACACCACUGCCAAUGAGGUGGUACGAAGGAUGCAGGAGAAGCUCGGCCUGCAAGAGAGCAAAAACACGUUUGCACUGUAUGAGCAGAAUGCACUGUGGGAGCAGCCGGUUGCAAGCGGCGCUCUGAUCGCAGACAUCCUGACCAGCUUCUUCACCAAAGAGUCCGAGUCCAAGUCCCAGUGGAAGCUGUGUUUCAAGCUCUACUGCCUGUUGGAUGCUGACAGCAUAUCGGCGGACAGCAUCGAGUAUCUCUUCCUCUUUGAGCAGUGCCAUGAGAUGGUCGUUCGCGGCCAGCUGCCGGCCUGUGAGGAGGACCUGCAGGCCUUAGCGUCCCUGAGGCUCCAGUGCCUGAUGGGUGACUUCGGCACGCACGCCCCCUGCCCACCUCUGGACGAGCUCUUCCCAGGCGACAUGCUGGAAGCUCGCGUCCUCAUGUCCCUCUCUUCCCCGCAAGCCCUGCCGCCUUGUCUGGUGGCGGCUCAGGGGUGCCCGACGACGCAGCGCUUCCCCACAGGCCUCCUGGCGGGGACGCUGUGGAGCCACACGGCCACGGCAGCGCACAAGCAGAAGGUGGAGCAGGACAUGCGCCUGCUGAGCCGGUUGAAGGAGGAGGCAGCGGCCGUCAUGGGGUCCAUCUUGGAGCGUUGGAAAGGUCUGGCCGGCUACAACCGCCGGGACAGUAUGGCCGCCUACCUCACAAUUGCACGCCAGUGGUCGGGCUUUGGAUGCACUCUGUAUGAAGUGGACUUUUAUAUUAGUUCGACGGGGAGUUUUUCCCAGAAGCUGUGGCUGGGCGUUGCUGCUACAUCCGUGUCUCUGUACCGGCAGGGAGAAGCAGAGGCCCUGGAGUCCUUCCCUUAUGGCCAGAUCUGCUCCUACGGUGUAUCUGACAGCAACACCUUCAAGAUCACAGCCGGGGAUCGGGAUCUGCUAUUUGAAACCACCAAGCUGACUGAGAUCAUGCAGCUGAUGAACGCAUAUUUCAGUGCCAUCCGUCGCCAGCGAGGGAAAGGGGAGGAUGCGGACAUCUCCAAAGCAGAAAGCAAGGACGUGGGCUUCCAUCACCUGGCGUCGAUGCAGACGCCCACCCUCCUGGAGCUGCCCUCACACCCCGUCUGAGAGGGACCCACACCCAGACGACCCCACCCCACCCCCCAACUCCCACCGUCCUCCUCCACGUGGCCCCCUAGGAGGCCCAGACCCGGUCCUCAGGACCCCGCGCCUCCUCCACUGGGAACCGCACGGCAGCCAAAACAAAGAGAGGGCUGUUUUCGCUCCCCAUCCGUGAAAAUAAACCCUUGCUGAGCUUUCCAGCUGAAGGGGCCGGCCAAUGGAGGAGGGAGGGUGAAGGAACGGCAAAGCACGGGAAGGCGAGGGGGGUUGUGUUUUGCGAGCGAGGCCUAGAAAACCCAAAGAAACCAGUGCGGUUGCUGAUGAGGUGUCACGCGUACCCCCCCCCUACACACACACCCACCCCAUCCUGUCACGCAACCACCUCUUAUACCCCACAUGGCAACACCCCCCUCCCCCAACCCAACCUCGACAAUGUGAGACGUUAGUUGCUACGUCAGGGAGAGACAGCAAGAGUUUGGACUUGUGGUAACAAUUAGCUGUGGUACUCCCCCUCACGAAGUUAUGGCUCGAACUGUGCCAUAUUUGUGUUAACUUUCCUAGAAGGCAGUCCUUCCCCCCCGUGCGCCGCUGAACCAGUGUUGAAAACGUUCAGUGACAAACCCUCCCCGUCUCUGGCUCUCACUCCCUCACCCACACAGACUCACUUUCUCACGUGCCUGUACGCCGACAUGUUCAUCAGAGACAGUUAGUUUUCAUAAGAUCCCAGCCGGGCUUGCAUUACCUGGAACUGUUGAUGCGGUGAGCCAUGUGAACUUGGAACUAGAAACAGAUGUUGAACUCUGUAGCCAAGUCAUUUUGGCCGCCGGGUCCAUUUAGAGACUCUCACCGAUGAGAUUUUCAGUUGCGAGUGUAUUUGAUUAAGAAGCUUCUUCCCUGGACGUCACGUUCGGGAUCUGGGAUAGUUGAUUCACAGAAACCAAAGCAUUUUGGAGCUGUUUGGUUGUUGUUUUGUUUUUUUGUUUCCACCAAAUGCUCUGAUGUGUCCUUUGUCGUGCUGCUCGUCUUGGCUGUAAUCCUCGACACCGAACUUGGUUAACACUUGACUGAUUGGAUCAAUCUUAGCUUGUGUCAGUUACUAUUCUAAUGCAGCUGUGCUCUGCUGACAAUAACAGGUGCUUCACUGUUUAUUAUUGUUAUUUUUGACAAUGUAUUAAUCAUUGAAGACAUUGAACCCAGACCACACAGAAAGGCCCCAUUCAGAGCUGUGGAUCAUUUCAUAUUUAUCACGCAGUGCCCCCAUCUGUCCCCUGCUAUUUAAACAGAAACCUUCUAAUCAUGCCAUAGGUGCUUUUGUAGUAUUAUUUAUGUGCUAUUUUUUUUUUUUACUGUCUUUUAUGUCUUAAAUGCAGACCCAGGUGCAUUUUGAUAUUGGGUUUGCUUUAACCGAUCAGAGCCAUGAAUGCCUUUGGUUCUGCUCCAUAUGAUCAGAUGUGUAACUCCUGUGUAGCUCCUUUGUGUUCACUGUUUUAGUGUUUUUGUUUCACCAAGGCAUGAGUUUGAGCAUGGACCAAAGAUAUUUUUAAUAAGCUUUUAUAACAUUUAAUAAUCCCAAAGCAGACAAAUCCCCCUUUCGAUAUUUUUUUUUACACCUGAAUAUCUUAGAAUAUUAAGCCCUCCUGUUGUAUACACCUUUAUAUUACUGUAGAUAACCAUUUAGGAAUCCUGAGAACAAUAAUUGGCUUUGUAAAGAUGAUUUUUUACAGAACUGUCUGCAAAACAACCCCAUGCGAUAACCAGCGUCAAAACAAAGAGUUCUCAAUAUGGACGACCUUGAUGAGUCAUAGCACUAUCUCUGUGCUUCUUUUUUACUGCAGCUGCAGGCAGCUCUGAGCUACAUGUAUGAAAAGGAAAAGGAAAAAAAAAAAUCAAACUGCGGAUGUUGUUGCUUUAUAUUACGCUUGUUUGUACGCUGCACGGUACCUUUUUAUGUAAUGUGUGUAUAGUUAAUUGCACUAUUGUUUGUUUUUAACCAACUUGGAAGUGCAAUAAAAACUAUAAAUACUGUAUGUAAUUAAUAAAAAACAGCACCAUUUUACCAUA